CGUUUCUUGUUUCCUCUUCGAUCCCCGACCUGACAACCUCCGUAUCAGAUCUCACACUUGACAGUUUACAGUCGAUCUUACUCCGAUUGCCGAUAGUCAAAACUGAGUCAACUCGCCAUCUAAUUAUGCCGCGUCAGCUCAUUCUCCUCACUCUCGCCUGUCUUCUACUCUUCUCCCUAUUAGCGUCUCCGUCCCUGGCCAAAACCGCCGCCGCCGCCGACGAUGACGACGAAGACCUCACCUUCCUCGAAUCCGACGACGAGAACGAUGGCGCAGCGAAGCACACUCACCAAUCGGAUCCUCACAACUUCGGAAGCGACGACGAAGCUGAGGACGACGAUGAAGACUUCGAGAAUUACGACGAUUUUGAGGUUCCGCAGGGAUUCGGUCGCGAGGAGGAAGAGGACGACGGCCCUAAGGUCGACGAUAAGGACGUCGUUGUCUUGACGGAUAGGAACUUAAGCGACUUCGUGGAUAGUAACAAGUAUGUGAUGGUGGAGUUCUACGCGCCCUGGUGCGGGCACUGUAAGGCUCUCGCGCCUGAGUACGCUGCCGCUGCGACUGAACUGAAAACAGAGAAUGUGGUGCUUGCUAAGGUCGAUGCCACAGAGGAGAAUGGGCUUGCCGAGAACUAUGAGGUCCAGGGGUUUCCUACUAUUUUAUUCUUUGUUGACGGUGAGCAUAAACCCUAUAAUGGCCAAAGAACCAAAGAUGCAAUUGUGACUUGGAUCAAGAAGAAGGUUGGGCCUGGAGUAUAUAAUAUAACUUCAACUGAGGAUGCAGAGCGAAUAUUAACUGCUGAAAACAGAGUUGUUUUGGGAUUCCUUGACUCAUUGGUGGGUCCCUCAAGUGAGGAGUUUGCUGCUGCCUCAAAACUAGAAGAUAAUAUUAACUUCUUUCAAACAGAUGAUCCUAAUAUCGCGAAACUUUUCCACAUUGAACCCAGUGCAAAACGCCCCUCUUUGGUCUUGCUUAAAAAGGAAGCAGAGAAAGUGACCCAUUAUGAUGGUAUCUUCACAAAGUCUGCUAUUCUUGGAUUUAUUUCUGCUAACAAGCUUCCUUUGGUGACAACAUUUACUAGAGAAAGUGCACCUUCAAUCUUUGAUAGUCCAAUUAAGAAACAGGUGAUGCUAUUUACCACAUCGAAUGAUACAGAAAAGUUUUUCCCAGUCUUCCAAGAUGCUGCGAGAUACUUCAAGGGAAAGCUUAUAUUUGUGUAUAUCAAAAUUGAUGAUGAAGAUGUUGGAAGGCCUGUAGCAAAUUACUUUGGAGUUGAAGGGGAUACUGCAAAGAUAAUUGGAUUCUCAGGACUUGAAGAUGCUAAGAAAUAUAUCUUUGAUGGGGAGAUUACAGUUGAGAAGAUUAAGGAAUUUGCUGCUAACGUUGUGGAAGACAAGCUCAAACCUUUCUACAAAUCAGAUCCCAUUCCCGAGACUAACGAAGGGGAUGUGAAAAUAGUGGUGGGGAAUAAUUUUGACGAAAUAGUUUUGGAUGAGUCAAAAGAUGUUCUUCUUGAGAUCUAUGCACCAUGGUGUGGCCAUUGCCAAGCUUUAGAACCAACAUACAACAAGCUUGCUAAGCACUUACGCGGCAUUGAGUCUCUUGUCAUUGCUAAAAUGGAUGGAACAACAAAUGAACACCCUAAAGCUAAGGCUGAGGGAUUUCCAACCAUCCUUUUCUUCCCAGCCGGAAACAAGUCUUCUGAUCCAAUUGCUGUCGACUCCGCCAGGACAGUGGUGGCGUUUUACAAGUUUAUUAAGAAACACGCCGCUAUCCCCUUCAAGCUCCAGAAGCCAUCAACCUCUACCUCGAGUGAGAAGACCGAAGUCAAAGAAGACAUCAAAAGUUCUUCUGGUAAAGUGAAGGAUGAAUUGUGAGAGCAGACGUGUAACAUUAAUGUAAGUUUCUUGUUUAGUUUUUUUGUAACAUUUGGAAGCUUUGACAGCAACAUUCAAUGGACUAAUGUUUUCUGAAAAGGGUAAAUGAAAGGUCUCUUUCCCUUGCGUCUUCUAA